AUCACCAUGUUUCCUGCCAAGGACAAAAAACCAACCUUCCCAAAUUAGGCCACCACCAUUUUUCUCAAAGCUUAAUAGCAUUUUUUUCAUUCAACCUCCUCCUUUUCUUUUCCCUAACUUUCUCUCAUUCAAUGCAAAGGUCUGAUCUGAGGCUGGAACUUCAGAUUCUCCGGCCACCAUCUAGUGUAUUGCUUUGCAUUCUCAAUGUCGUUCAAUUCCACUUCCAACGUCCUCCCACCGUCACCCAGUGUGUCAUGACAAAUAUCCUUAACACGGUGAAUAUGCACCAGAGCCCCUCCGGUGCUUUGGUUGGGACCACCGCAACAUCCAUGAAUCCUGGCCUUGAUCCUGUACUAGUACAAUCCUUUCCCACGUUCAAAUACUCUACCGUCAAAGAUUUUUACCGGGAAAAGUAUGGCCUAGAAUGCUCAAUAUGCUUGGUAGAGUUUGGGGAUGAUGAUAUGCUCCGCCUUUUGACGACUUGUUACCAUGUUUUCCACCAAGAAUGCAUUGAUCUUUGGCUUGAAUCACACAAAACAUGUCCAGUUUGUCGCAAGGAUCUUGAAUUGUCCGAAAAGUUACUGGAAAAAUCUCCAAUGCUGGUCCAUAGCCAUUCCAUGCAUGAACUUGGGGAAAGUAUUGCCUCACCUCAGGAUGCAAUCAGCAUUGAGGUUAAAGAAGAUAACGGUGAUCAAGAAGGCAGAGGGGAAGGCGGUGCACCACAAGCCUCUUCCGAUGCAAGAGAACAGAAGGAAAGACGCGAAAAGCUUGAAAGAUUUUCAAGGUCUCAUUCAACAGGGCAUUCAAUACAUAAUAAUGUAGAAGAGGAUAGAUAUACAUUGAGAUUGCUAGAGAAUGUCGUCCAACUUAAAUUCAUUAAAGGACAACACUCUGCGGUAAGUUGUGUAACAUUUGGAGAAUUCUCAAGCCCUAUCGCCUCCAGGAAUGGAGGUUUUGGUGAUGGGGCAGAGUGCUCCAGAGGAAACAUCAAUAGAGUAUGAGUAUGAUCAAUCUCCUUUUUCAUCAUCCCUGUUCCCCUUCCCCCGAUCUCUUCUCAUAGAAUAGGCACUUGUUUUUUGAGAUUCUAUUAGUAAAAAGAAAAGUCAGAUGAAUAAGUAAAAGAAAUGUGUAGAAGCACUAUUUAGAAAAUAAUAGCAAUAACAGAUUUCAGAAUUGAAAAUAUUCAUGUUUCAUAGAAUGGGUUAUUUUUUUUUUUCCUUGACAGAGCUUAUUUUCUUGUUGCAAAUUAGAACAGCCAUGGUAUAACCAUAUGAGCAUAUAAUGCAGAGAUACAGAACAUAUUUUUCUUCCUCUUUCUCACUCAUCUAUAUCUGUCUGAUCAUCUUCAUUGUCUCUAAUGAAACUGUUUGCCUUUUUCUGUUCUUUUUGCCUGCAAUUGGCUGCACAGAUUACAUGAGAGGAAGAAAAAGAUAUCAUGACC